AUGCCUGCUAUGCAGCGGUUAGCGGCGUUGCUCUUAGUAUCCUCGCCAUUGGCUACCUUUGCCCAGACCUCCACUAUCGAACCUGCAGUUGCUUCAGUUCCGAUCACUUCAGCAGCAGGAGCACCUUUACAAGCGGCGGAGAUACUUCAAUUGACCGAUGAAGUCGUUGAGCGCUUGGGUAACGAAGAGGCCACGUCUAAUUAUGCCAAAUACUUUACGUUCGAGGCUGGCGAUGAUUCUGGUGGUGCGCAAACACGACGUACCGCAUUUGGAUCUUGCAAGACAUUCCCUGGAGAUGCUGCGUGGCCAAAAGAUAACGUUUGGAAAAUUUUCAAUGUGCUUCUAGGCGGAGCACUGAUUCCAACGAAGCCGAUUGCAGCAUCAUGUUAUGACUCGAUUUGGGGAAAGAAGGACGCCACAACGUGCUCGGAUGUUACCAACAACUUCACGAACCCGCUGUUACAUCAUGCAGAUCCGACAUCAAACAUGUGGCCUAUCUAUCAAGGCAGGACCUGUAUGCCUAGUAAUGAUACCACCGGCAAGACAUGCACUUUGGGUGGAUACCCAGAAUACGCGGUCAAGGUCACAAACGUAGCGCAGAUACAGCUCGCGUUGAACUUUGUGCGCGCCACUAACGUGCGUCUUGUGAUCAAAAACACGGGCCACUGCUAUCUUGGGAAGUCAACUGGCGCUGGAGCAUUGAGUCUAUGGAUGCACAACAUGGACCAGAUUGACUUCCUUCCCCAAUAUGAGGGCCCUGGCUACUCGGGACCGGCGCUGAAGCUUUCCGCAGGUGUUACUGUAAGACAAGUGUACGAAGCUGCAGAUAAGAAUGGCGUCACUGUCUUGGGUGCAGUUUCUCCAACCGUUGGAUAUGCUGGUGGCAUGAUAACUGGAGGAGGACAGAAUCCUCUUGCUGGUAUCUAUGGAAUGUCCGCUGAUCAUGUUGUCGCUUUCCAAGUUGUCACCGCGGCUGGUCGCUUCAUCACUGUCUCAGAAAACUCGAAUUCUGACCUCUUUUGGGCGCUACGAGGCGGCGGCGGUGGUACGUUUGCUGUCGUCACAUCCGUCAUCAUUCGAGCACAUCCCAAGCUCAACGUCGUCACUUCGAGCUGGACCCUCGAUGCCUCCAAUAACAGUGUCGAUGCUUUUUGGGCUGGUACGAAGAAGUUCUACGACGUAUUCCUUGACUGGGCAGAUGCGGGCAUAUACAGCUUCUACUUCAUGGGAGCAAAGCCUGCGCCGUAUCUACAAAUGGGAUUCCUCUUCGCAGCAAACCACACCAUGGAGUCAUACAACGAGCUUGUGAAGCCGUUCUUUCUCUACCUCGACGAAAAUAACAUCACACUUACGAAGCCAGAUUCGCCCAUCGCCCAUACCACGUUUUACCCUGCAUAUCAAUCAACCUGGGGACGUAUAAGCUUUGGCGUCGGUUCAGACGGCUCGUUACCAGCUAAUCGCAUCGUGCCUAGGCGUAACUUCCUGGAAAAGUACGACGAAACAUUUGCGCUUAUCAAAGAACACGUCUCAUCGGGCAGACACUUCCUUGGAUACCACAAGUCGCCCAAGAAGUAUGCAAACACGAACAAUGCCAUUAACCCAGCCUGGCGUGAGUGCGGUCUGUUCCUAGUAACUUCUUCGAACAGGUCAGCUGAUCACUCUACGCCUGCGGCCCUUGCCGCUGCCAAUAAGGAUCUCCAGGAGAAUAUUCUCCAGCCUUGGCGCGAUGUAACACCUGUAUCUGAGGGUGGCGGUACUUACCUGAACGAGGCCAGUGUUGAAGAGUCCGACUGGCGAGAGUCGUUUUAUGGAGGUUAUUACCCAAAGUUAAGCGCGAUCAAGAAGAAGUGGGACCCUACUGAUGUAUUCUACGCGACUACUGCCGUUGGGAGUGAAAGAUGGUUGGUCCAAGACGGAGAGCAAGGUGUUCAAACCCAGAACGGAAGGCUGUGUCGAGUUUGA